AGGCAACCAUUCGUCUCCACAUGCUGCUCUCUCUAUAAGAGGCGGCAUCGUCCGUCACACUUUGAUGUCUGGAGGUCAAUCUGGAGAAUAGUCUAAUUGCUUCCAUUCAAAAGACUGUCAGGAUCCACCGAGGGAUAAGAGCUGCCGAACAUAGUCAAUGUACUAAUAAGACUUUUGCCUUGGAGGAAACUUGUUCUAACUGCUACUAGAAACAACAAUGUGUCGACCUACUGAAGCUAUAACGAUUGUAGGCAAUGCACAAACAGCCAAUCUGAUUUCGACGGAAAUUGAGAAGAGCAUCCUGCGGCAAGUCGUCCGUGACAAUACCAGGCACUGGAUACUACUCCUGGGAGGUUGUCUCGAAAAACCGCAAGACACGGGAGAUCAUUCGUCGGGAGAUCUAAGAAAAUCAUCGAAGACUGUCAAGCAACGAAGCCACGGAGCUGAAAAGGACUCAGAUUCUUAGAGAG